AUGGAUCAACAGAUUCGACAGGCUGUGGACAUUCUCCUCAGUGCUACGAACGACCAGGCCUUGAAACAACAGGCGUUUGAUUUCAUUGGAAAUCUAAAAACUUCAGACGAUGGCUGGGAACACUGUUUGACCCUUUUGAACCGGAAUGAGCCCCUUCCCGAUGAACUGAAGUUUUUUGCCAUUCAGGUGGUACAGGAAAAGCUGACCACUCAGUUGACCCAGGACCAACUGGUCAAGAUAAAGGAAUAUCUGAUUUCAUAUCUGAAGCUGAAUCUGAGUUCACAGCCAGUUGCUGUUCCGUUUUUAAGAAAUGCCCUAGCAAAAGCUCUGGGACUUUUAUUCUGCAGGACAUACACAUCGUUUUACCCAGAGUUUUUGAAGGACUUCCUCUCCAUGAUCAAAACGGGGUCUGGAUUCAACGAUCUCGCCACCGAUUACUAUCUUAGGGUGCUUCUAUUCGUUCAUUCUGAAAUCGGUGAUCAUCUUAUUAUCAAAGAAAAGGAAACCGCCGAAAUUAGUAACCAACUCAAAGACGCCAUCAGAGCCCUCGAUGUGGUCAAUCUGACCACUUCCUGGAAACAAAUCUUGACCCACUACACCCAAACACAGAUCGCUGACACGGAGUUGCAGCAAACCAUUAUAGAAAACACAAUCACGGUGGUUGGAAAUUACAUCUCAUGGAUUGAGAUCAAUUUGAUUCUAGAUGAGGAAUACUUGCGUCUUCUGUUCCAGUUUUUCAACAGCAGCAUUCCAGCUCAUGUCAUAACAACCGCUUCCGCAUUUGUGGAGAUCAUGGCCAAGAAGAUGCCUGCGGUAAAAAAACUGGAGCUGCUGAAUCUGCUGAAUUUGACCCCACUAAUUUCCAAUGUGAACACUAACAACUUUGAUGUGCUGAUGGCAUUGGCCAAACUCACAAACGCUUUGGGAUGCGAGUCUGUUAGAGUGUUGGACACUGCUUCUGUUGAUGAACUCAGAAAUGAAGCUUUCAAAACUUCAGCAUUCCAGCAGGUGCUGGGUGUUUUUCCGUUAAUGUUCAAGUUUCUGGAGAACGAAUUUGAUGACAUUUCUGUGGAGGUUUUCCCGUUCAUCCAGGACUUCCUCCUCUUUCUGAAGAAGAACAUCACGAACGAUGAAAUUGACUUCUCUACAUUAAACAACGCUCAGAUUGUUUCGGCACUCUACGAGAAGAUAAUCAUUAAGAUGAAGUAUGAUGAGGAUGACGAUGGUGAGGACGAUGACGAUGUUGAGAUUUUCAACGAAGUGAGAUCAAGACUUGUUGCGUUCCAAAACUCCAUUUUCGUGCUUGACGAAUCUCUUUCUUUGAGAAUAAUUACCAACUGCAUCAACGAAAGCCUUUUCAAUCACAUAGAUGACUCCAACAAAGAUUGGAGAACUACAGAGCUCGGUUUGUUUGAACUUUCCCAGUUCAGUGAUAUUUUGAAAAACAAUAUCAUGAACCUUCCAAAAACAAUGUUGAAUACUUCUGGACCGUACGAGGCAUUCCAUGAAAUGCUGUGCAAGCUAGUGGACAAUUCUGAAAAGAUUUUGGUGAACCAUCCUCUCAUCCAGCUGCUGUUUUUUGAGCUGGUAGUCAAACACAGCAUUUUCUUCACUAACUCAGCCAUCCAAGUCGAGGGGAUUGACAAGCUUCAGGUAUUACUAAAGGUGUUGAAGAUUUUCGUUUCAAACUUUGGUGUUUUUUGCACCCUUGACAAAGUCAAGUUAAGAUCCUGGUUCUUGUUCUUGAGAUUCAUCAGGCUGACCAAGCCAAAGAUCGAUGAUUAUAUUCUCGAGGAACUAAUUAGAAAUUUGCUACCUUUGCUUGAGAUCAAGGUCAAUGGUUUUACCGGGCCCGUCAAGCCCGACUACGAGUCUUCAACGGAGCUUUUGAAUGCAGUGGACGGUAACAACUUUGAGCAUCAAGCAUACCUGUUCGAAUCGGUUGGUCUGCUUAUUUCUUUGGUGAAUGGUGAUAAAUCCUCAGACAAAUUGAGAAUGCUAGAACUUGUAUUGCAGCCUCUGUUUGCGGAUCUGGAGAAGUGUAUCAAUGCGGGUGGAAACAAGGGCAACCUUUUGAUUUCAGUGGAGGCAUACCACUGUCUCGUUGCUAUUGGAACAAUUUUGAACGGGUACGAGCUUAGUCCCGGCGAGGGAUCACAGAUAAUGCCUUUACUGGAGCAGAUCUCUCAGGUUGUGUUGAUCACCCUGGAGAACUUUGUUGAUGAUAAGAUCGUCCGUGGUGCCACGAGGUUUGCUGUGAUUCGUAUCUUCCUUCUGUUGAUCAAGAUCAACGAAUUCGGUAGUACCGAUAAAGCGUUGAGUGAUAAGGCAGGUGCGUUGCUGGAAGCAAUUCUUCAAAAGUUUAUCUCACUCAUGAUGGUGAACUUCGACAAAGCCUCGUUCACUGAGAUGUCUGAGUUUAUCAACUUCAUCUCGCAAAUCUCGCACUACUGCUUCAACUAUCCAUCUGUAUACCAGAUGUUGGAUUCUUUGCUGACUCCAUUUUUUGAAAAGAUUUUCCUGGUGCUGAAGGAAAGAGGAUCCACCGCGACUCAGGAAGACAUCCGUGAUCUUUUCUCUGUCAGAAUGACAAUUGCUGGGUUUGUAAUCUACAUGUGCAACAACCAUCUGGCCUCGCUCUACUUGACGACAGCUAACAAGGCGCUGCUCACUACUCUUAUCAACACUUUGCUGAACUACUGCAUCGAGGGAAUUGACAUAGAAGUCACCACCGAUGUGGGGAUCCAACUCGUGAAACAGUCCCUGGCUGCCCUGACUGCACUUAUUGGCAAGCUGGGGAGCGGCAUCAUCAACGAUCCACUGGAUCUGUGCCAUAAGAUUGACGGUGGAUCUGGCUCGCGCAGUGCCUUCGAGCAGGUGAACGACGUGUUGAUCAACAACUCCAUAAUCCUGGUUUUCGAGAUAGCCUUCAAGCACAAACUCAGAGACUCUCAGCAGGUCCAGCAGGUGAAGUCCAUUGCCAUGGAACUGACACGGCUUUUGAGGGCAAUUGUGUACAUUGGUUACAUCAUACCCCCAUCCAGGUCCGAGAGCAAGAAGAAGAAGGUGGUAAAUGAUCCCGCUCCAAACGGUGUCUACGAGUCCAACCAGAUGAUGGUUCAGCAGCUUCACGGAUAUCUCACGUCUCAGAUGGGAUUCCCCGUCGAGAUGGCAAACGAGUUUGUCCAGAACCUGCUUGUUCCAAAUGAGUCCACGUUCGGUAACUACUUUGCAAGGUUGAUAGUUCAGUCGAGAACUUAA